UCAUAAUGGAAUUGAUUGUUCGCUUGUAUAAACUUCCAUUAUCGGGUCUACUAUUCUCAACGUUAGUGCUGUUAUAUUGUCUUCACCUUAAUUUAAAAAAACGGGCUCAGUCUCAACUUCCCCCUUUAGUUUCCUAUGCUUUGCCCUUUAUUGGAUCUGCUUUUUCCUUUGGCAAGGAUCCUAUUUUAUUCUUACGCAAAGCUUAUCAAAAGCAUGGCAGUGUCUUUAGCGUUUAUAUGUUUGGCAACACUUGUACCUAUUUGGUCGGCUCCGAAGCUUCUUCUUGUUGGUUUAAUUCCAAAAACGAAGAUUUAAAUGCAGAGGAAGUUUACGCAAAGUUAACUGUUCCUGUUUUUGGAAAAGGUGUGGCUUAUGACGUCGAAAAUGCGGAAUUUUGCGAACAGAAAAAAAUAAUGAAAAAUGGGCUAACCGUUGCCAGGUUUCAGGAGUAUGUCGGUAUGAUUGAAGAAGAAACUAGAGAUCACAUUAAAGGACUUCCUGCUGAGGGUGAAAUGAAUUUGUUUGAAUUUCUCUCUGAACUCAUCAUCGCCACCGCGUCACGAUGCCUUCUUGGCGCAGAAAUUCGAAGCAAACUCGACUCGUCCGUGGCUAAACUUUAUUCCGAUCUUGACGGCGGUUUCUCGUCGGCCGCGUGGCUACUCCCUGCGUGGGUUCCACUACCUUCCCUCAUCCGCCGGGAUCGAGCGCAUCAUGCCUUGAAGCGCAUCUUUCAAGAAAUCAUUGAAGCUCGCCGAAAAGAAAACCGCCUAAACGAGUCCGAUAUGCUGGCCACUUUUAUGACGGCCACCUACCGAAACGGCACCCAAUUAACGGACGAGCAAGUGAGCGGAAUGUGCAUUGCGAUGCUUCUUGCGGGUCAGCACACGUCGUCGACGACAUCGGCCUGGUUGGGCUUCUUUCUGUGUACAAGCAAACAGCUCAAAGAAAAAUGCAGAAGCGAAGUCAGAAACGUUAUUUCCGACUCGCUUUCUUAUGAUAACCUUAAAGAGCUUGUGACUUUGGACCACUGCUUGAAGGAAACUUUAAGAUUGAGGCCUCCCAUUAUGACACUCAUGCGAAGGUGCAAGAAAUCCUUCAAAGUUAAUAACUUUGUUGUACCAGAAGGGCAUAUCGUCUGCGUGUCUCCUACAGUCAACCAUAUCUUGCAGGAGCACUGGAAAGACCCCGAAAAGUUUUCUCCAGACCGCUUUGAAUCCACAAAAGAAGGCCUUCCCACUGCCGAAUGCAAUGAAGGCGGAGGCACGAAUGUCAAGUGCGGAAAGUAUUCGUAUGUCCCUUUCGGUGCCGGAAGACAUCGGUGUGUCGGAGAAAUGUUUGCUUAUCUGCAAAUAAAGACCAUCUGGGCGGUGCUCCUCGACGAACUCGACUUCGAGCGGGAUGAUCUUCCCGCGAUCAACUAUCAAACUAUGAUCCACACGCCUCUGAAUCCUCUUGUCCGCUACAGACGCCUAAAGCCAUCUCCAUAGAUUGCCAUGCAGACAAAGGAGCUCUGGAGAUCACUCUUGUAGUUUG